AUGGCGCCUGCUGCUUAUCUCAUGGAGCCUCCCGAGGGCCAGGUCCGGACUUUGGUCAAUCCUCCUAGCAGCGCAGGCGGAGUCCUUCCAUGCGGUAUUGCUACGACAGCGAUCGCCCUCAUCGUCGUUGGUCUUCGGAUCUUUACGAGGAAGGUUGUGGUGAAGGGUGUGUUGGGUAUUGACGACUAUCUAUGCAUAGCUGGCAUGUGCUUCUCGUUUAUCUUCCUUGGUAUCUGCUUAACACUCCUGAACCUUGGUGCCGGAAAUCACAUGUGGGAUAUCCCAGCUGAGAAAUACAUCCCCAAGUUCUGGCAGACCAGCAUCGGGGCCACUCUCACCUACGCCGCCGCCAUCAACCUUGCCAAGCUCUCGGUUCUCACCUUUUACCUUCGAAUCUCUCCAGACAAAUGGGUCCGUCGAGCUGUCCAUGUCCUCAUCGCUCUUGUCUGCGCCUACAUGCUUGUAUACACCAUGCUCGCUGUCUUUCGAUGUCGGCCAGUCGUUUCAGGGUGGGACCUCACCAUUGAAGGAGAAUGCAUUCCCCUGAGUGUUCUUAUUAUCUUUCUUCUAGUCUGCUCUGUUACUGUGGACGUCUUCGUUCUCCUUCUACCGAUUCGCAUCAUUCAACCUCUCCAGAUCCCCUACCGUCAGAAAAUUGGACUCUGUGUGCUCUUCGCAACGGGAGGGGCCAUCGUUAUCGUCACAAUUAGGAGAGUCACCAUCACCCUUCCUAUCUUGGACGAACCCGACUACACUUGGGCUCUUCCUAAACAACUCGUGCUGAGUUUUAUAGAAGUCAACACUAGUCUCGUCUGUGUCUCAGCUCCAGCCCUCAAGCCGUUCUGCAUGCGAUACGUCCCCUUCAUCGUCCAAUCCCGUCUUCGGUCACGAGCCAAGAGCUCUAAAAACACAGCUUCUGGAAACGCAAUCUCCCAAAGUCAAGAAAAACGUAAAGGCCAAACGCCUGCUAACGAAUCAUACGAAUUGGCUGAAAGGAGCGAAACCUUUGAUGAUAGAAACCCCCAAGAUGACGAGGCACGUCUUUGGCCUGUGUCGCCUCUACCCAACGGCGUCCGAAAUUCUAUCAAUGCGGAACAGGAUGCCGAUAGUAUCGAGAGCCUUCCUGAUAGGGGUUUGCCUAUGCCGACCAGUCCGGACCCAGCCCAGAUUGGGUUUUCCACCAUGCGCAGUCAAAGCAUGAAAGGUAUAUCGGUUACCAAAGAGACCAUCGUGACCUAUGGCACCAAGGACACAUAG